AUGCUUUAUAACAUUAGUAUUUUAUCUGUUCACUUAGAAGACCUCAUUCAAUAUAUUUGUUCAUACUCUCCAACUGUAUGGGCCUUAACUGGUCUUCAUUUUAACAACAACGUCAAUUAUCGAUUAGCUAAUUUCUUCAAAUCUCAAUAUACUAUAUAUUUUCAACAUGGAUCAAAUAAAUUCGGUGACAUUUGUUUAGCCAUUGCUCAUCAGCUGCCUCAUCAAUGCAUCUCUCAAUUCAGUCACAUAGAGAACUUGAUUUCUAUUGACAUCUUCAACAACAGCCAACGAUACAUUCUUGUGGUUCUUUAUAUACCACCUUCUGAACAUUUACCUACUUACACUCUUAAUCAUUUGUACGAACGUAAUCCUAAUUUAAUUCCAGUAGGUGAUCUGAACGCUCGACAUCCUCAAUGGUAUGAUGUGGCUACAAACAUGAACGGCUCUCGACUGAAUGAAUGGAUUAAUUCACUCCCAAACUUGAAAAUAUAUAAUGAUUCACAACCCAGGUCAACUCGAUCUCAAGCCAUUAUUGAUCUCAUCAUAGCACCACAUCAAAUAUCAUCAGAAAUUUCUGAAGUCGACCAAACUAUGCAAGUUACAGAUCAUUAUCCUGUUCAUUGGCAAAUCACAUAA